CACUCACACUCUCACUCACUCUUACACUCACACUCACACUUACACUCACUCUCACUCUUACACUCACUCUUACACUCACUCUCACUCUCACACAACCCUCAGUCUCCAGGUGUUUGUUGCUGGGGAAGAAUGAAGCCCCGCCUCCCCCUCAUCUAACCCAAUCAUAAUAAUUCCUGCAUGUGAUGUUAUGGUCGCGAGGCAAAUCCUCACCCCGGCAGCCAAUCAGAUGACUUGGCACCGGGACGGACGAAGGUAGCAGACACAGACCGACUGACAGCUUCUGAUUCCCGGGGAAGAGCAUCACGGAGCCUCCGGGAAAACACACCCUGCCGCAGAUUCAAGAUGCCGAACAAAACCAAGAAGGACAAGGAAACAAACAAAUCUGCCAAAAGCACGAAGAGCAACAGCAACACGAGUUGCGGGAAAGAUAAUGCCACAGACAGCACAGAUGAGGUGCAGCAGAGUGGCAGUAAACGUCCCAGUAACAGCACGCCUCCUCCCACGCAGCUCAACAAGAUCAAAUAUUCAGGAGGAGCUCAGCUGGUGAAGAGGGAACGUCGUCAGAGCUCGUCACGCUUCAGCCUCACCAACAACCGAGAGCUACAGAAGCUCCCUGCGCUCAAAGAUGCGCCCCCGGAGGAGUGUGAGGAGCUGUUUGUGCAGAAGCUGCGUCAGUGCUGCGUCCUGUUCGAUUUCGUCAGCGACCCACUCAGUGACCUCAAAUACAAAGAGGUGAAGAGGGCGGGGCUCAACGAGAUGGUCGAGUAUAUCACACACAACAGUGACGUGGUGACCGAUUGCAUCUACCCUGAGGCCGUCGUCAUGUUUUCAGUGAACUUGUUCCGGACUCUUCCUCCGUCAUCAAACCCGACCGGAGCAGAGUUUGAUCCCGAGGAGGACGAACCCACGCUGGAGGCUGCCUGGCCUCACCUGCAGCUCGUGUACGAGUUCUUCCUUCGUUUUCUGGAGUCUCCAGAUUUUCAGCCAAACGUCGCCAAAAAAUACAUCGACCAGAAGUUUGUUAUGUCGCUUCUGGAGCUGUUCGACAGCGAGGACCCCAGAGAGAGAGACUUUCUGAAGACCAUCCUCCACCGCAUCUACGGCAAGUUCCUCGGCCUCCGAGCCUACAUCCGCCGCCAGAUCAACAACAUCUUCUACAGAUUUAUUUAUGAGACAGAACAUCACAACGGAAUCGCUGAGCUGCUGGAGAUACUGGGCAGUAUUAUCAAUGGCUUCGCUCUACCGUUGAAAGAAGAACACAAGAUGUUUUUGAUUCGAGUUUUGUUGCCCCUUCACAAAGUCAAGUCUCUGAGCGUCUACCACCCUCAGGUCAGUCCUCACAUUGUCUGUGACAUCAUCAGUGAUGUCAUCAGGACUGGAUGUAACCAUGUGAGUGUCUCUCCUCAGCUGGCGUACUGUGUGGUCCAGUUCCUGGAGAAGGACAGCAGCCUCACCGAACCGGUGAUCAUAGGUCUGCUGAAGUUCUGGCCAAAGACUCACAGUCCAAAGGAGGUGAUGUUCCUGAACGAACUGGAGGAGAUCCUGGACGUCAUUGAGCCGUCAGAGUUUGUCAAAGUCCAGGAGCCGCUCUUCAGACAGCUCGCCAAGUGUGUGUCCAGCCCACACUUCCAGGUGGCAGAGCGAGCGUUGUAUUACUGGAAUAACGAGUACAUCAUGAGUCUGAUCAGUGACAACGCCACCGUGAUCCUCCCCAUCAUGUUUCCUGCUCUCUACAAGAACUCCAAGAGCCACUGGAACAAGACGAUCCAUGGUCUGAUCUACAACGCUCUGAAACUCUUCAUGGAAAUGAACCAGAAACUGUUUGACGACUGUACACAACAGUACAAGGCUGAGAAACAGAAAGAGAAAUACAAAGUGAAGGAGAGAGAGGAGAUCUGGCACAAGAUCAAAGAGCUGGCCCAACAGAACCCACAGACCAACAAGCUCCACCCUCUCCGCCCUGGACUCCCCCCACAGGAUGAGUACAUGUUGUACAGUGACAGUACUGUAGCUGUGUACUCGAUGGAAAUAGAAACUCCGACAGUUGAAGACAUUCAGCUACUGAAGAAGACAGUGGAGAGUGAGGCCUCACAGGGUGUGAAGAAGGACCAGGCUCUGAUGAGGAGAAAGUCUGAACUUCCUCAGGACGUCUUCACCAUCAAAGCUCUGGAGGCUCAUAAGAGAGCGGAGGAGUAUCUGACAGCCAAUCAGGAGGCUCUCUGACCGGGGGGCGGCUCCUUCUUUGCAAAAACCCGCUUCCCUCCUGUCCGUUUCUUAGGGGAGGAAGUUAACGUUGUCGUGGAGACGCUGUUCCGGGGUCAGGUGAGGGCGGAGCUGACGCAGUGUUCUAAGAAAAAAAAAGAAAAGGCCUCUCACCUCUGCCCCUGGUGGCUGACAACAAGAAGGACAGUGUCAAACCUCCGCCCUGUCCUCGCCAUCGCUUCACCUGUCACAGUGUGAACACCAUCAGGUCCCUGAAUGCACCGCCAACAUCUCCCUGAGCGCUUCGCUAACAGGUCCCUGAAAACGCCACUAGCAGGUCCAUGAACGCACUGCCAACAGUUCCAUGAGCCUCGACAGGUCCAGUGAAGGCGGAGUCAGAAGAUGACUGUCACAUUAACGGACUGACGAGGAGACACAGUGAAUGUAGACGUCCAAUCAGCUUCCAGUAAAUCCUGGAGGAACAGAAGUUUGAUUCCAACAUGAUUUAAUUUCUCUUUCCCUGAUUGCUUGGUUUUAUUUUGUUGAAAAGUCUCAUCAUCCACUUUAGACCAAUGAUGAACGUUUUUUGCUUUCCUCUGUUAAAACUGUAGAGAUGUAGCCGUUACUCAUCAGGUCAAAGGUCAAACCAAGCGAUGAAUAGUCGAGGCUCUGAGGACAGACUAAAACCUGACGUGGCCGUUGGACCUUGAUUGAUCGAAACGGAAGGAAAAGGACCCGUCUGAUUGGUUUGUGAGGACGAAGCAGCAGCAGCUGAACGCAGGUGAACCAGGUUUCAUUUCUGACCUCUGACCUCUGACCUGGACACCCGGGCUCUGGUUUUUUGCUAACUGCUGUCAGUCUUUAUUUGCGAGCUCCCCUAGAGGGCGCAGCCAUGUGGAGGGAACAAGUAGCAUUGCAUGGUUUAAGUCCGCCCACACACUUGUGACAUCACGGCUGCUGAAGCCAAUGACAAUUCAUCAUUUACGUCUUUAAAUCUUCACACAGGACGACUGGGAUUUCAACCCGCCAAAAUAAAAUGCUGAGCUUGAACAGUUUGCGGCGAAUGUGUGAUCAGACUCGGAUUCCCAUGAUCCUCUGCUGCGACACUUCUGUUUACAAACGUCAGCAACACGUUAACUCUGUUUUUAAUAGAAACAAAAAUCACAGUUUAUUCAUAAAUGAAACCUUUGACAUCAAAGAAACUUCACUGGACUUUAUUUGUGAAAGAUGCAGAUAAACAAUUUUUAUUUUCUGACAAACAUUUAACGUCGGAUUGUAAAAAAAUAGAGUAAAGGUCAGAGAGUAAAAAACAAAAUUUGACUGUUUCCCGGAGAAAAUAAAUUCAUGUGGAUAAAUUAAAUUUAUCUCUCUCAUUUCGUUUGCUCAAAAUCACGAGGUUUGUUUGAUUUGAUGGAAUAUUAUUGUUAAUAACUUCACGUAAAUUUUCCCUCGUAGUUAAAUGGUCAUGUGACCUUCAGGUCAGGACGUCAUCUUUUUCAGGUUUUGUGUGAACUUGUACGUUAAAUGUUGAACGCAAUUUAGUGACAAAUCAAUCUGCUUCCAUGGACUCGGACAACGCCCCCUCAUCAGACCCGGCCCUUUUUUCCCUCACCGUCAUGUGGGCUUGUCCUUCAUUGAUCAGCUGUCAGUCAAACCAGUGACCAUUCCUUUGGUGGGAUAGCCCCGCCUCUCUUGUUCUCACCUCUGGACAAAACGGUGAUCACAGCCCUGGACUUGGACUUGAUCAUGUUGAGCUCUGUCCACCAGGGGGCAGAACAGGACGUCUCAGCUUAACUCCUGACCUGACAUGUGCUCUACUGCCCCCCCCACUGGUCAUGGUUGAUCUGCCCCCUGCUGGACACAUGAUGAAUGUGUGAGCUCAGUUUUUAUUCCAGGAUUCAGUUUAUUUUUACCUUUAAUGAGUCCGAACAUCACAUGAGUGAUUUUGUACAAAUGUUCAUGUACAGAAGAAAAUAAAAGAAAUAUAGUGUU